AUGGUCAAACUUUACUCCCCUCCCUCCCUUCCUUUCCCUUUUCUCCUCCUUUUCCUCUUCCUCCUGGUUCUCCUGCCUCCCUCCUUAUCCUCUCCCUCCCUCUCUCACUCUCCCCUGCGUUGGACCUCGCCUCACGACCCCUGUUACCACCUUGACGGGCGUCCGCGUCACUGCCUGUCCGAAUUCAUCAACGCUGCCUAUGGAGUGCCCGUACAGAUUGGGGACCCGCAGCAAGGAGCCGAGAGGAACGUUAGCACCUUGACCGACCUCCACAACCCACACAACGUGACAUGCUGGAAGGCGUUUCAGGGUUGGGAAGCGGAUUGGACUUUCACCAUCCCCCUGGGAAGACGUUUCGAGGUCACCUACAUCAGCCUGCAGUUCUGCCAGCAAGGGGAACCAGCCGAGCCCUUCUCGAUCUCUAUCCUCAAGUCCAUGGACCAUGGCCGCAGCUGGCGCCCCCUGCAGUACUACUCCAGUGAUUGCGUCGGAAAAUUCGGCCUCCCUGCCCAGACCCAGGCUAUGAACAGGCACCAGGAGACAGAACCGCUCUGCUCGGAUCCACGGCCCCUUCAGAAGCACCGUGGGGGCAUGGUGCUGGCAUUCUCUACCCUGGAUGGACGACCUUCCUCUCCGGACUUUGACUACAGUCCCGUACUCCAGGACUGGGUGACAGCCACAGACAUCAGAGUAGUGUUUCACCGGUCACAGGGUAGAAUAAACGGAGUGGAAGCGAGGCCAGAACAGAUGGGACAGGUUUUUAAAUGGAGGGCUGGUUCUAGGAGCAAAAUUGUGUCUGUGUUGGAGAAGGGAAAGGAGAAGGCUUUUCUGAGGUUUGAUGAAAAACAUGCAAUGGCCAAAACGACAGAAUCAAAGGGGAGAAAGCAAGGAGACAAAUCAGAGAAAUCUUUGAGGAGAAAUAGUGGCAAGAACUCUGUGCAAGAAAUUGUGCACAAUGUGACCCGGAAAGAGACAGAUACUCAGACAAGAGACAGACCUUCUUCCAGAAAAGGCAAAGGGCGCAGUCGAAAGAAGCAAGACCACCAAUGGAAGCCCUGUCAAGACGGGGGGUGUCCUUGGACUGUUGAGGGACACAGGCGGAGCACAAAGGGCCGAGAGCUGAGGAGGAGAAGAAACAACGGCGAGGGGAAGGGAUCUCGUUCCAGGAGCAAGGGCUAUCACCUGCUCCCGUCCUCUCUCUCAGCACCCCCUCCACCUCCCCUGGCGCUAUCCGACUUGCAAGUCGGCGGGAGGUGCAAAUGUAACGGCCACGCCUCACGCUGUCGCCGUGACAACCAGGGACAAGCAGUGUGUCAGUGUGAGCAUCACACAGCCGGAGCAGACUGCGAUGUGUGCAAGCCCUUUUAUUACGAUCGCCCAUGGCAACGGGCCACACCCACACAGCCACACCCGUGCGUCCCAUGCGAGUGCAACAGUCACUCAAACAAGUGCAGAUUCAGUAUGGCGGUGUAUCAGCAGUCAGGCCGGCGCAGUGGGGGGGUCUGUCUGAAAUGCAGACACCACACGGCAGGACGAAACUGCCAGUUUUGUGAGAACGGCUACACACGGGACCACAGCAAGCCGAUGAACCACCGUAAAGCCUGCCAACCGUGCCAGUGCCAUCCACUGGGAGCUGUGGGUCGUUGGUGUAACCAGUCAACCGGUCAGUGCCUGUGUCGGGAAGGGGUCACAGGUCCGAGGUGCAACCGCUGUGCUCCGGGGUACAAACAGGGCCAUUCGCCCCUUCGACCUUGCCUCCGUAUCCAAGAAGUUGCCCAGCCAACACCAGCAUAUCAGGCCCAGUACAGCAUAGGUGAAGAGUGUCUCUCGUACUGUCAGCCCUCCCAGGCCAAAGUCAGGAUGAAUCUGGAGACCUACUGUCAGACAAACUAUGUUGUGAAGGUGCAGGUGAGAGGUAAAGAGCGAUCCGGACCCUGGUGGCAGUUCUCCAUCUGGGUGCAGUCUGUGUUUCGUGUGGGGACGUCCAGCGUACGGAGGGGUCUUCAGGCACUCUGGGUACCAGAGCACGACCUGAGCUGUGGCUGCCCCGCCCUCCAGGUGGGCCGCACCUUCCUCCUCAUUGGUGCAGAGGAAAGUAGGCGGAGCUGGGCGCCGGGCGAGAGACGAUUGGUGGCAGAUCGGGCCACACUGGCUCUGCAGUGGAGAGAACACUGGAGCCCUAAACUGAGGGGAUUUAGGGGGCAGGACAAGAGGGGGAAGUGUCCCACUGCUCCGUCUGGCAACUCUACCAUACGGAGCCUCUCUCACCUUCAAACACAGCAGGAAUACACACCUCCGCACCUGGUGCAGUCAGAGACAAAUGGUCACACGUAUCCACGGCCUGCUGACACGGGUACACGAACGUCACCGUGGCAACAAGCAGAGCACACACGUGACUCUGAUGGACAGAGCACCCACACACAGCAGACACACGGACAACAUGGACAAAACGGACAUGAGACUCCAAAUGUUCAACUUGAAGAUCAGCAUCAUAGGUCAUCCCUGGUGCAGAACACCCAGAAUCCUUUGCAAAGCACCCAGAACUCCCUGCAGUUACAGUAG